AUGGAGUCGCUACCAUUAGCGCUGCAGCGUGAGAUCUGCUCGUUCGCGGCGGCGCCUGAGCUCAUUCCUCACGAAAUGGACACGACCGACACCAACCUCUGCGCCCCGAGCUUUGCAGUGCACCUCACAGAGCCGUCUACCUCCAAUUUGCAGCGCUUAGCAUGCGUCUGUCGUGCAUGGAGAGAUAUCGUCGCGGAAUUCUCCUCUGAACACGAGACCACGCGCGUGCUGACGCUACAGCUCACUACAGGUCGCGAACGGGAGCAAAAGCAGCAGAUAAUUCAGCAACUGUCCGCUAGUAAGGCGGGUGAGAAGUUGCAAGACCUGCGGAUCAUUAUUACACCGGAAAAGAGACCUUUGUGGUGGGAUUUGGACGCUCAGACCCCCACUGAUCACGAGGAAUCAGCCUCCGAGUCUUUGCAAUGGAUAGAGUGGAGGAAUAUACUGAAACUAUGCCCCAAUCUACUGCGAUUGGACUUAACGGGCGUACCGCUGCACCAUUUGGCAAUGGGAGAACUGCUAGACACCGCGUCGACACACUGUACGCACUUGGAAGCGCUGAUUUUGCCCAAGAAGGAGAAACGCUAUGCGGACGCAGUGGCUGACAACUUAGACUUUGUAUUCUGGAGACUAUACACAGCGUUAGAGAGGUGGCAUGACGCUUCCGGAGGACGAGGAUUGAGACAGUUGACGGUGCCUUCGAGGAGCGAAUUCGACCGAGAAGGAACGUCCAAUGAGUUCCUGAUGAAGGUGCAGCAGCUGUGUCCUCGCUUGGAGUAUUUGGACGGCUGGAAACGUUCGUAUAGCGAGGCAACGAGACUUGUGGCGUCCGAUGAGAGUUUGUGUGUGUCUCGAGACGUUUGGAAACUAUUCUGCAAGUCUUGUGUUGCACUACGAGAGUUUAGUUGGGUCGCUGUGCCCUUUUCCGACGAGUUCUUCCUACCAUUCGGACAAACGUCAAAGCCAUUUCUCACGCGUCUACAAUUAACGUACAACACCCGAGCUCCGUUCCGUAUUCGACGCAAUGAGUACUCGACCGGAGGUUUGAAUGUCCUUGUGGCUGGCUGUCCGGCUCUGGAACAUUUAGACGUCGUGUUGCAUCGACUGCAACCGUGUGAUGCACUGAUUUACCCUCAAAUCGACGAAAUGAUCGACCCAGACGUGUUUAACGAUGACUUCUGCUUGGCAUUGACCACUAAUUGUCCUCAUCUUCGCUCGCUGCGUAUUCGCGAACUUGGAUCCCUAUCCAACAGUCGAAAGGGGAGUAUUACGGCAGUCAACAGCAUCACAGACCGAGGGCUUGCUGCUCUGUGGUGUGCUCCACGCCUCGCAUAUAUAGAUAUCCAAGACCUUGGCGUGUGUUUUGGGGAAGUGGUGCAGCAUGUGCUUGAAGAUGUGAGCAAAAAAUCGAGUCAGGAAUUAUCGACAACGCCGCUGGUUAUCUCGCUUUCUAGUCGACGAGGUUAUGUGUUUGAGCGCUCGUGGCUUGUCGAGAUGCAACGCGCUUUCCAGGCCAGAUUCACGAAUGGAGAGCUGCGCUUUGCAGUGUUUAGUGUCAAGAAAGACAAGGACACUAGCCUUCGCUCGAAGGGCCCUCGUAGUGUCGAGCAAGAGGUUAUCGCGAAAAUCCUGGCUCGAGCGUGGAUCAAGGGCGACGUGUUACGUAUUGGACGGCUUGUCUUGUACACAGAUGAGUCAGCCCUAGACACACACUUACAGAAAGUUUGGAAGAGCAGGACUAGCCACAGCUCGUGGAUUGUGAGUGAGUAA